CUAAAUAUUCGUGCCAAGUGCCAACCAUCCAUUCAUCUGUCACUUUCAAGUGGAAGGCUAGGGUUUGUUUGGCACGAAGCUUCCCGACAGGCGCAGAUCAGAGAGAGAGAGAGAGAGAGAGAGAGAGAGGAUUAGGGAGAGACAGAUAUCCUCGUGGCGCCUACCUACCUUCAUCUUCAAGGGUUUAUGUUCAUCACCAGCUUCGGACAGCUGCCCGAGUUCUAGGGCUUGUCGUUUGAGCUCCGGCGGGGGUUUUUUGCUGCUUCGGAUUUAUUGAGAUAAGGUUAUUAAUUUUAUGUUAGACAUUGUCGAGUGGAGGGGUAUGCUACUUGUUAGAUGUAUGGAGUUAUGAGAUCCGUUGCCCAGCGUGCUAGUGGUUUUGGUAUCUGUAAUUACUGGUUACAAGACAAAUUGCUUUGUUUUAGAGGGUAAAAUGCCAUCUAAUUAUUUCUCCAGUCUUGGUGCUGCCUUCAAGCGGGAAAUCCAGAGAUCAAUAUCAGGGAAAGAAGUUGCCCUCCAAGACUCAUUGGGUGUAUUUGUUGGCCAGGGGAAAUUGUUGUUUGGCAGCACUAGAUGGUUCCAUUCCAGAGCAGCGUUUGCAACUCAUGCUGAUCUUCAUGUGCUUGUACAUCCAGGAACUCUUGUUGCUGCACAAUCGAAUUUGCAUUUGGUAAACCAAAGAAGGAAUCUCUCAGUUGUUGGAGCACUUUCUCGUACAUUUUCUAUUCCGUCUAUUUCAGGACCUGCAUUUCAGAUUUGUGGUUAUCAUGUUGAUUGCCUACUAUCUCAACCCAGCCAAUUUUCUUCGGGCAUACAGUCGCAGAAGACACGCAUGGCUUUUUGUGGUUCUAGAGCUGCAUUUGGUGACUGUUCCGUAAACAAUUUAACUUCAAAGCUUGGGCAGCUCACAGUUUCAACAAAUAAUGCUGCUAUUUUUUACAGCAACAGAAGUGUUCACAGGUGCACAAACGUCAGAAUGGGUCUGGAGAAUACAGGACUACUCAACAACUGUUUUGUUAACGGAUACGUCAUACACACUGGUACGAAAAGGAGUGGCAACUCAAUUCCGUGCUUGAGGUUUGAGUUAAAGUGCUUUCACAGCUCGUCACCUGCAUGUUCUUCUGCUGAGACUGCUCCUGAUGUGUCCUUUGAUAACUCUGGACGUGCGGAACAGAAGGAUCUAGCAGGGAGAACACUGAAGCUAGUUUCAGGUUCAUGCUACUUGCCUCAUCCAGAAAAAGAAGAAACUGGUGGGGAGGAUGCUCACUUUAUUUGUGAGGAUGAACAAGCAAUUGGUGUGGCGGAUGGUGUUGGUGGUUGGGCUGAUCUGGGUGUUGAUGCAGGGCAAUUUGCUCGCGAACUCAUGUCUCAUUCAGUAGCUGCAGUUAGGGAGGAGCCUAAGGGUUCUAUUGACCCAGCCAGGGUCUUGGAGAAGGCUCACUCAAGCACAAAAGCCAAAGGAUCCUCAACUGCUUGUAUCAUAGCCCUCACCGAUCAGGGUUUACAUGCUAUUAAUUUAGGAGACAGUGGGUUCAUUGUGGUUAGAGAUGGAUGCACCAUUUUCCGAUCCCCUGUACAGCAGCAUGAUUUCAAUUUCACAUAUCAACUGGAGAGUGGAACUGGUGGUGAUUUGCCUAGCUCUGGCCAGGUUUUUACAAUACCUGUUGCUCCAGGAGAUGUUGUCAUUGCUGGCACCGAUGGACUAUUUGAUAAUUUGUACAACAAUGAGGUUACUGCAGUGGUGGUUCAUGCCGUGAGAGCUGGCUUGGGGCCUCAAGUUACAGCUCAGAAGAUAGCAGCACUGGCACGUCAACGAGCACAGGAUAAGAAUCGACAAACACCAUUCUCAACUGCUGCACAAGAUGCUGGAUUCCGUUAUUAUGGUGGGAAGCUUGAUGACAUAACUGUUGUUGUCUCCUAUAUUACCAGCACGAGCAAUGAGUCCUCUUCUCCUUCAACCAGCGACUCUGGUUAGAGACUUUGUGCUGGGUUUCUUGGUUUGAAACAUUACAAUCGAGUUGCAAGUUUGGACGUUGGGCAUUUGAUGCUCGUCUUGGUGUUCAACCAGCAAGCACACCCCGUCUAUUCACUCUCCUUGGCAAAUGAUCUUGUUCUUGAACCGCUGCUGAUGUACAUAUUAGAUGUUUCACGUUCUCUGCAUUUUUGUUGGGAUGGAGGUAAGGUUUUGGGUAUGGAGUUGGGUUCGCGGUAUCAGCUAAUUGGACAGGCAUAGUUAAGAAACUUUGAAAGGGAAGGGAGAGCCCAAAUUGUGUGUUUCGAUGAUUAUUUGGAACACUUGUUACUUGUAAGGGGACAUCUUUGGGCUUUUCCAAGUUAUAUAAGGUGACUUGUGCUAUA